CGCUGUUUCCAUGCCGGGUCCAUGUCUCGCGUCUCGUCAUGCCCGGGGACAGUUGCCGCCGCCAUCUUUGUACUCGCAGUCUAAAGGAAGCGGAAGUCGUGUCAGAGGGUUUACAGAGUACCUUCAAUUUGAUGGAAAGGCUUCUGGAGGUCAUUAAGGUGUAUUUGUAAGAUCUCUCCUACCCAUGGCUACUUAUAACCUGGCAAAUGAAAGACUGCGUAUCCUAGAGGAGAUCGAGAAAGAAAUUGCGGCCAUCUUAUUAAAUGCAGGGAAUGUUAUAUUAGAGCUCUCCAAAGAGAAGCCAAAUGAACGCCUUCUAGACAGACAUGCCACUCAGUUCGCCACCUCCAUGCAGAAGGUUGAAUCUGAACUCUCAGGACAAAUCCGUUAUCUCACACAGGUAGCUACAGGACAGCCCCAUGAAGGUUCCAGUUACAGCGCACGCAAGGAUGGAACAAUGGCACUCAACAGAAUUGACUAUGCUCGAGUGAAGCUAGCAGAACUGUGUAGAACAUGUGAGCAGAUGUUGGAGCAGCCUUGAUCUUCAUUAAAAAAAAAAAUUUUGUGUAUAGGGAACUAAAUCGGAGUUCUCAAACUAUUUGCUUAUAUACUAAGAAAUCAGUGUUCUUCAAGACACGAAAAAAGACUUUGCAAUCUUACGAAUUGUAAUUUUUUGCAUUUCAGGCAUUAUUUGUGAUUUUUUUUUUGUUAUCUACAACUGUUCAAGGGAAAAAGUUUAAACGUAGAUUUGUUAAUUUGUUACUAAAAUUAAUUUGAUCAUUUGUAAAGAUCACCUUUAUGAUAAACAUAAUAAAAUGUCUCCAAGGGAAUGAAUAUUCAGCUAUUGUU